AUGUUCACUCUUGGUGCAGAGGUGGAUAUCCUACCCCCCGUCCAGGUACACGCCUUGAAGCCGGUACAUCCGGAUACUUCUCCUCCUCCCGAGUCCCUUCGCACCCAAGACGAAUUCAAUGGACUUCCACGCUCUGCUAGCUACACACACCUUCCUGGCGUGCAAGAAGCGCAGCGUCCCGAAGGCAUUAAGCGGACGUUUUCAGACAAUGUCUUAGCCCUUUCACCGGAUGGAUCACCCAACAACCGGCAAUCGCCAUAUGUGCCCAGCAAGGAACUGUUACGGAGUGCAUCAAGAAACGGGAAGACAAAAGUUGCUGUCCGAAAAUUCACUCUCUCCCCAGAAGAUUUUGAAGGCGCAAAGGGAAAGGAAGCCAACGAGCCUGCUGUUGUUGAAGUCACGGAGAAACCGAGGCCCUCGCCUGGCCGUUCUGUUUCCAGCACCUUUCGCAGCCUUGCCAGAAGAUCAUGGAGAUCUUCGUCUUCGAGAUCACCUUCCCCGUCUCCCAAAGCGGCCAGGAAGCUGGCUAAAUCACAUAACACCACUCCAGACAAGAAGCAAUCCAUAUCAACUGUUUCCAAGCCCGGCUCUACGCCUCAGCCAACAGCACCUUGUCCGCCUCUUCAAAUUUCCAAUGUCGAGGAUGGCAAGCCAAACGCGUCGCCAGAAAUCAGCCCUGCACCACGGCAGCGACCGCCUCUACAGAACAAGUUCGGCAGGAGGCCGCUUAGUGCAAUUAUGCAUAUGAACAAGAGCGAGACAGAGCUUAAACUACCUAAAAAGCCUUCCCUGCAAUCAUUAAGAAGCAAAAGCUCAUUGGACAAGCUGCCAAAUCUUCUCUCAAUGAAGGUUCCGCCCAUUCCUUCGUCCUUAUCUUCAGACAGACUAUCUUCUGCCAGUUUGGAUACCAACAAGAAGAAAGAUCCAUUGUGGAGUGUUUUCCGAACCCUCGAAGGUGAUUUUCAAAAAUUUCAGUCCAAGUCAAGUGCUCUCAAAGCAAACGUAAUACGGACUUCCCUCCUCCCCUUUCUUGCCAAAUACGCCGAUCACCCUUCAAAUAAAACACUUCGUGCUGAAGAUUUGGACCGUCGAGUAAUGAUAUUGAACAAAUGGUGGACUGGUCUCCUGGAAAUGCUUAACGGCAGGAACAACCAAUCCAUUUCGGGCACGGAUCGACCAUCUUUUCUUGAAGGUGUUGCAGGCGUCAUGGUAAGACCAGAAUGGAGGAUACCUCCGUAUCCAAUUCCAACGCAAGCAGAGACGCCACCUGUUCAACGUUUCGGUAUGCCCAUUUCGACCUCUACGAGCUCUCUGGAGUCCGGUGGUUCAGACUUUCUGACUGAAUCGGUGCAUCACAACGUCAGAAACAUCUUCGUGCAGAAUUUGUUGUCACAAAUGGCCUUCGUGGUAGAUAAGAUGUCUAUGAGAAGCGCUCCAGCAAGCUUAGUUGCUUACUGUGGCAAGGCUUGUGCAUAUGCGUUCUUUUUCUGCCCGGGGGUGGCAGAUAUUCUGGUCAGACUGUGGCAUUUGUCCGCAGACACACUUCGAAGGAUACUGCUUGAGCUUGACGUCCCGAGAGGGUUCAAACUCAGAGCGACGUCGGUGGAGGUUGCAUCGCAUUUUCCGCCUGCUCUUAGGAGUCUCGCGAUCACAUCGCAUGCAGCUCUAGUCAGAUAUCUGCAUCACAGGACGCCUUUACCAUUUGGAGCAGCCUAUAUUCGCUGGUACGGACCUUGGAUGAGCAGAUGGAGUGGACGUGACAGCGAUUUGUUUUUUGGGUUCACCAAGCAGUUUCAUGUUCUUGUCGCUGAUAUUCUUCCCGGAGUGACCGAGAAAAGGAAACGUGCCUGUAUUCCUGGACUGGUGCCUGUUCACGCUCAAAUUUUGACUGUCCUAGAAGCUACACUAUACCGCCAAAUCGGACAGCCACAGGGCGAUAUGUUUGCUUCUAGCGCUGUGGACGACCUGGACUCUCCAGAUGCCGCGGCCACUAUGCCACUAACAACUGCAAAUGCAGCGCGCUCCAUGGCUGAGAACAGGCUCAUUAUGCUCCUGCGUGACUUGCUAGCGGACCAGAAUCCGGAUUCUCAAGGACUGCGUGAGCUCUACGCGGAAUCAUUCGCCGACAUUGUCAAGGCUGCAACCAGGAAGAUAUCAGUUUAUAACCACGACGCAUGUUUUGUUCUUUGCGAUUUUAUGGAAGAGUUUCUAGCCAUCAUGUCACGAUAUCAUCAAAGUCAUCCGGAAACGGAGAUCCUGGACUGGGCGUUCUGGUUCCAGGUCUGCCAGCAAAUGAUGGACAGCCACAACACCUUGACUGAGAUUCGACUCAUAGCUUUUGUAUACAGCACUUGGAAUAUUCUAAUUUCUAAUGAAGACAGAAGAAAGGAACUUUGCUUGGAUUGGCUUUUGGAACCAUCAUUUUUCGAAAAGCACUUCAGUCAUUGGUGUCCUAUGGUGCGAGCAUACUACCUUCGCCUCCUGUGUUGGCGCACUGCGAGGUAUGAUGGCGAUGCGAGCGAACUCGACAUUGCAAUCUAUGAAACGCUGGCAGACAGGCUCAAUAGCAGCUGGGCAUCUUACCUCUAUCUAAAGGAUGAGGCGGAAGAGCACGACACUACAAUGCCUUCGUCAGCGCCUUGUAGUCCAGCCCCGGGACGACGUCUGAUCAUCAUCCGCAAUGACAGCCAACCUAUUCCAGUUAGUAUGUUUACUUCUUUCGACAAAGUUCUCUCACAAAUGCCCUCGACUCAACCUACAACACCGAGCAUCGCCAUCUCCAAUGGCGCCGCCGGCCGUGAAUCAAUUCGCAACCCAGCCAAAAAGCGCUGGAGCUUCAUGAAGAGCAUCAUACCAUUCAGCACACCCGGUAAUGCACGUCCCGGCGAAGUCACGCCACCCAGAAGCCCAGACGAAUCCUCGAAUGUCAUUAGCAGCGACAUAGCCAGCUUAUCCGACACCAUCUCCAUCCGCAGCGGUGCAAUGCCUAACGAUACCCCUCCCCAUCGCGCCUCGACACCACCUCAUCAACCAUUCUCCUUCAAGUUCUCCCUCGAAUGGCUCGAGCGUCCUAAUUGGCCCAGCAAGAAUCGUCGUCUCUGCCCACCGAAACUGCCACCACCAGCUCAAGAACUGAUCCAAUUACGCCAGGAGGAGAAAGGUGAGGAGCUGAAGGAGGUGGAGCCGAGGAGGCCCACUCCGCAGAGCUUAGGUAAUGCCAGGUAUGCGGGUCGGGCGCUAGCCGAGUGGGCACAGAUCGUGGGAGAAUGUCAAGGGUUCUUCGAAAGGAGGAAAGAGGAAGGUGUGCCGAUGAAUCGAUUGGUUGAGACACCGACAUUGGGGGUGGAGAGUUUUAGGAUGUACGGGUAG